CCGAGCCGUCGGCGCAUGCGCAGUGCGCUGAGCCGGGCCGGUGCCGUGCGGUGCGUUGCGGGGCGGUGGGUGCGGGUCCAUCACGCAGCGUUACCGGCCCCGUUGUGCCGCAUUGCGGCCCCUUUAUUCCAUCCCGGGGGCUCCCGUUGUCCCCUCGGGGCUGUACCGGUACCAUGAGCUUCUUCGGGUUCGGACAGAGCGCGGAGGUGGAGCUGGUGCUGAGCGAUGCCGAGAGCAGGAGGCGGGUGGAGCAUAAAACGGAGGAAGGCAAGAAAGAGAAAUAUUUCCUAUUUUAUGAUGGAGAAACAGUGUCCGGCCGGGUCAUCCUCACCUUAAAGCACCCCAACAGGAGGUUGGAGCAUCAGGGCAUCAAGGUGGAGUUCAUCGGGCAGAUCGAGCUCUACUAUGACCGAGGAAACCACCAUGAGUUUGUGUCCCUGGUGAAAGACCUGGCCCGUCCUGGGGAAUUCACUCAGUCACAGAUAUUUGACUUUGAAUUCACACACGUGGAAAAACCUUAUGAGUCCUACACGGGGCAGAAUGUGAAGUUGAGGUAUUUCCUCCGAGCGACUGUCAGCCGCAGACUGAACGAUGUGGUGAAGGAGAUGGACAUAGUCGUGCACACUCUGAGCACCUACCCAGAGCUCAACUCCUCUAUUAAGAUGGAGGUGGGGAUUGAGGACUGCCUGCACAUUGAGUUUGAGUAUAACAAGUCCAAGUAUCAUUUAAAAGACGUGAUUGUUGGUAAGAUCUACUUCUUGCUAGUGCGGAUCAAGAUCAAACACAUGGAGAUAGAUAUCAUCAAGAGAGAAACGACAGGGACGGGACCCAAUGUCUAUCACGAGAAUGACACAAUAGCUAAAUAUGAGAUCAUGGAUGGUGCCCCUGUGAGAGGGGAGUCCAUUCCCAUCAGACUCUUUCUGGCUGGCUACGAGCUGACUCCAACAAUGAGAGACAUCAAUAAGAAGUUCUCAGUGCGUUAUUACCUCAAUUUGGUGCUGAUUGACGAGGAAGAGAGACGCUACUUUAAACAGCAGGAGGUGGUGCUUUGGAGGAAAGGAGAUAUAGUGAGGAAGAGCAUGUCCCACCAAGCGGCCAUCGCCUCCCAGCGCUUUGAGGGGACGUCCUCGCACACGGAGGCCAAGACCCCCAACCAGCCUGCAGAGAACAACGGGCGGCAGUGAGAGGCCAUGCAGAGGAGGGCUGCUGUGAAUCCAGCGGGGACAGCAGCGAGGAGGAAGAAAACAACACUUCAGAGACUUCGUGAAAACAAAUAUCCGUUUUUGAACUCAAUUCCUUUCUUCAAAGGACUAGCAGGGUGGGAAGGGGCUGGGAGGGCAGGGUAAGGUGGAGCACUGGUGGUGCAGAGUUGAAGGUACCUCAGUGCUUCCCCAUCAACUACAUUCCUCGGGUCGGCUGCUUUGAGGCACAUCUGGAAGCUGCGGAGCUGCCUGAUCUCCUCUUUGCCCCGAGACCCUUUUGGGGUGGCUGCGGGGAGGGAGAGAGCAAGUGAAGGCCAAAGCUGCUGCUGCGGCUCAGCGGUGUGGAGGUUGCUUUGGGACUGCGUGGGAUGGGUAUCUUUUUCUUGCCUUUCAGAAAUCUUCACAAGGGAAAAUGACGUGGCAUUUGGUUGGAAGGUAGAGGAGGGAGUCGGAGACUGAGGUGCAGCCUACUUGAAGUGGUUUCGUGUUAUCCCCUCACUGCCUCCUCUUCCUCUUUGUGUUGGUGGUGGAUUCUUUGUCACAAGCAGUUACAUAAUGCAGUUGAGUCAGGCAGUGCCACGCAGCCACUCUGCUGGUGGAGCAUGGGCAGCGGGAUGGCUUCUGUGUCCUUAUGGGAGCUGCUGGCUGUGUGCUGUGCCAGGGGGAGCUGGGCUGGUUGGUAGGGAGGGAGGCAUAUGGAUCCAGUGGGACAUGGAACAGAGAGGUGGCACAGGUUGGGCAGUGCAGUGAGGGUUGGGAGGAGCAGACAGUGGUGCUGGGUGGUUAAGAAGUCGGGGCAGGAGGGCUGCAGGCUGAGAGCAGCGCCUUGUGAGCAGUGUGUGUGGGGCUGCUGCACUCAGCCAGGUCCCAUCUGCAGGCCAGAGCAUCCUUGAGAGGUCUGGAGCUUUGGUUUUGGGAUAUUAAAUACUAUGGGAGUGAGUUUGUACUGCACAUGCUGCCCUGCUUGUGCUUUGUGUCCUUGUGACAGAGCAGGCUUUGCAGCAGGGCUGAGAGCAGUGCAGAAACGUGUGUUGUAUUUGCUCUCUCACAUGCAGAGUGAGGAUUGGUAACGCCAGAGAGAGGAUGCAGUUGUUUAAGGAGCUCGUGGCUGAUGUGUGCUGCUGGAUGAGCCAAGCAGCAGCUGGAAGGAUGGUGGAGUUCUCAUAUUCCAGAGGGACAUUAUUCAGGCCUGAGCUGAAGUCACCAGUGAGGUCUGAGGGUGUGCCUUGAACUGAGAACCUGAAUGCAGUUGUGUUGUUGGUUGUUCUUUUUUAAACUCUAAAAUAAGCUGCUUUUAGUCUUCAACUAAGUAGAAUCAUGAGAACAUUCCCAGAAUGGAAUCACUCCUCCGUUACAAAUUAGAAAUGGCUUUGUAGAUUUGAUUGAGUUUGGAGAAUAUCCAUCCUGUUUAGAUGCCCUUUGUAGAAGCAGGUGGUUGGAGCUCCUACCAGAGAGACAAGCCUGCAAUAGAUGCUGGGAUCGGAGCUCCAUCAAGUGGGAUUUGGCUGAGUUUCCCUGCAAGUUUGUGGCUCGCUGUGGUUUUGUCCAGCUUCUUUCUGAUUCUGGAAUGAACCUCCUCUGCCUCUGUCCUACAGCUGGAUGUAGAACAGUUGUCUUGCAGCUGGGAAACGGAGGCAUCUUCUGCUUUGUUUAGUCGAAUGAUGCUGGUGGAGGGAAUGGGGUCAGGGUGGGAAGGGGAGCUUUUUAUGUAAUAAGACAGCUACUGUAUUUCAGUGAUCAAUGUGUGUUUCUGCUUGCCAAAGUAAGUUAUCUUUUAAUCACCAUGUGUAAGGUUGUGGUUUUUAGUAGAGCUGGGCAGUCUCGCUCUGUUGUAGAGGACACUAAUGAACUCAUCUCUGCUGAAUGCUCGUGUCACACCAUGUUUCUGCUCUGUAAUAGUGAAGACGUGACUUGCUCUUCUUUACGUGAGAAGCGUGUGCCAUGGGCUGGAGCUGUGAGCUCCUCAGACUGAAGCAAAAGCUGAGACAACCUUGUUACGCCGGGGCAAGGGGUGGCAACGUCUGCAGGUCUGACAUGGCAAAGCAAUCUGGAUGUUACUUUGACACUCUACUCCCCCUCUAUGAAGGGGGAACCACCUGCGCUGUGGCAAUAUACAAUCAUUGAGAGACAAGCGAAGCUCCUGCAGGAGCCUCAGGGGAUAGCAGACUAUCAUUCCACAGCUAAGCUGAGCACAGCAGCACCCAAACCACCCUUUGCUUACCCUCAGCUCUCCUCCUACGUAAAGCUUUUCCCCCUGUGAAUUCCUUUUGAUUGUAGGCUAUGUGGUAUUAAAGAAGCCCCACGGAUGAAAAUGUCUUUGCAUUCCAGGAGUGGUUUGUUUACUGUCUGAACAGCAUCAGUACAGUCUGAUAAUGCACUGUAAGGAGAUUUUGAUUCAUCAUCUGUUCAUCACAGAAUGGCUCGGGUUGGAAGGGAUCUUAAAGAUCAUCCAGUUGUGACUCUCCUUCCAUGGGUAGGGUUGAAUGCAUGAGCCUGUUUGGCUUUUUGUUUUGUUUCUUCCUCCUUUGUGCCUCUUUCCCCGAGCUGCGGAAUCACACUUGGGAAAUGAUCCCCACUUUUACUUAAUAUAAGAAUCGUUGAACCCCAUUAGGCCCUCUGUUUGGGGUGGAGCAGAUGUGCUGAGCAGAUAAGUGGAAGCAUAAGAACAAGGUACUAUAGGAAAGCACUUCAUUAGCACAGUGCGGGGCAGACGCUAAUUGAGUUGUGUUCCCCUGAGCUGGAUGGUUCUGUGCAUUACUUGGGUCAUUCCCUCUCUCCUCGGCAGCUUCAUGUAGGGAGGAGUGGGCAAGUACUAAACCAAGCAGUGCAACUUGUAAUUAAGCCUCUGCUGUGUUUACAUGUUUCUUAAUUCAUCGUCUUUUCAAUGGCUGUAUUUUAAAACUUGGGUUUGUUUUUUUUUGUCUCUCCAAUUAAAAAAGAGCCAGACUUGGCUUUCAAAUGCUG